CGGAAUUUCAGUAAGCGUGAAAACUUUGAAGCGUCGUAAUCUUAUAGAGAUCCAUAACUUAAAGAUUAAGAGGUAUUUGAAAUUCAUUCAAAAUGACAUCAAGCGGAUCGGCAUUUGAUUCGAAUUGCAUGACGUUAACGAGGUUCGUUCUCGCUGAGCAGAAAAAGAUUCCAACAGCUACCGGCGACCUGACGCAGCUACUAAACAGCAUUCAGACAGCCGUGAAAGCUGUGAGCUCGGCCGUAAGGAAAGCUGGCAUCGCCAACAUGUAUGGCAUCGCCGGGUCGACUAAUGUCCAGGGAGAAGAAGUGAAGAAACUCGAUGUCUUGAGUAACGAACUCUUCGUGAACAUGUUAAGUUCCUCGUACACAACCUGCCUCCUGGUCAGCGAGGAGAAUCAUGCGGCUAUAGAAGUCGAAACAGAACAGCACGGAAAAUACAUAGUCUGUUUUGACCCUCUGGAUGGUUCCUCAAAUAUUGACUGCCUGGUAUCCAUUGGUUCGAUUUUUGGAAUUUAUAAAAAGCUGGAAAAUACCGAGAGACCAUCGGCAUUCGACGCUCUACAAGUAGGAAGAAAUCUUGUUGCUGCUGGUUAUGCUCUCUAUGGUUCUGCGACGAUGAUGGUUCUGUCGACUGGACAAGGAGUUAAUGGCUUCACUUAUGAUCCAGCCAUUGGAGAGUUCAUUCUUACUGAAAGAAAUAUGCGCGUACCUUCUAAAGGAAAGAUAUACAGUAUUAAUGAAGGAUACGAGAAUAAGUGGGAUGAUGCCGUGAAGGAAUAUGUGCACUCCAAAAAAUACCCUACCACUGGGAACCCUUAUGGUGCUCGUUAUGUCGGUUCCAUGGUGGCUGAUGUUCACAGAACAAUUAAGUACGGUGGAAUAUUCAUGUACCCAGCUACUACGGACAAUCCGAACGGCAAGCUUCGACUGCUGUACGAGUGCAUCCCAAUGGCUUAUAUAUUGACACAAGCUGGAGGGUUGGCAUCUACUGGAGAAAUUGAUAUUCUCGAUGUUGUACCAAUAUCUAUUCAUCAAAGGUGUCCUAUAUUCCUGGGAUCCACCGAAGACGUUCAAGAUGUUCUGCAAAUUAUUAGGAAACAUAAGAAUUUGUAAGGGAACAGACAAUAGAAGCGUUUAGAAUCUGUACCUUAUUCUGGAAUCUAUUUGUGCAUUUAAUGCGAAAGACUGUGUUUAGAUUAGUUGAGCUUAUGCGACAUGACAUUUACACUAAUUAUGUUACUACAAUGUAUAAAAAAUCAUAAUACUGUCUCGUUUAGAAAUAAUGUUACUCUGACAAAAACGUACCUGGAAAUUGGGCCUCACAUUUACAGACAAUAAAGGAUUAUAGAAAUAA